AUGAUCAAAAACAAGAAAAGUAGUAGUGGUAAAAAGAGUGCUAAUGGAAAUAUGAUACCUAAUUUCGGAGAUCAUAUGAUGAAUUUGAAUCAUAAUCAUAAUAAUCAUCAGAAUCAAAAUAAUAAUAUAAAUAAUAAUGGUUAUAAUUAUAAUACAAAUACAAAUACGAAUAAUAGUAUAAAUGUUACAAAUUUAAUAAGUCAUUCAUUGCGAGAUAAAGAAUUGACAUCGGAUGAGUUGAAUCAGAUUGAUCAUUCGUUGUUGGAUCGUGAGAUCAGAACUACGCUUUUUCCAAUAUUUCACUCGGUUCUGAAGAAUCCACCGGCUACUCUGGUGUCGCACUCAGCACAUUCGCCAGCGGUGAUUGCAGGCCAGCCAAAUAACAACACUGUCGCCAAGGGAUUCCUCUAUCUUUUCGAUAAGACAGCGGCGUCCUACUACGCCAACGAUGGUAUUCGCUGGGCAAAGACAAAGACCAACGUUCGAAUGAUCAUAUUCAACGACGACCAACAGUGUUACAAGUUGAAGACACACAAGAAAGAUGUAGGAUCACACGUGAUGCGUCGUCAGACCUAUGGCGGUGUCUGCGAGAAUGGAAUAUUCUGGCGCAAGUUUGAGUACAAGUUGAUCAAGCGUGAGUAUCUGCUCAAGCUCGAAGACGACAACAGCAACCUACAUCUCGAUGACAGUACAAGCAACGAGGAGAAAUACAGUGAGCGACUAUGUGUUCAGGAUUUUCCCAUCCUCGUUCACUACCUAACACGUCCUGCAGCCGAAAACAAAGAUACAAUUAAUAUUGAAGUUGAUACAGAUGAAUCAAUUCAAAAUAUUAAUAAUAACAAUAACAAUAACAACAAUAACAAUAACAAUAACAUAAACACAAAUAAUAACAUUAAUAAUAUUAAUACAAAGAAAUCAAAUAUUUCACAAACAUCAAAUAUAAAUAACAACAACAACAACAAUAAUAAUAAUAAUAAUAAUAGUUCAAAUGAUAACAAUAGUAAAAAGAGAGAAUCACCAUUCAAUUUAUCAUCUAUAUCUUCAUCAACUAUUUUAAAUCUAUUUAAAAAGAAAAAGAAUAACAAUAACAAUAACAACAAUAAUAAUAAUAAUAAUAAUAAUAAUAACAAUAUUCUAAAUGUACAACAACAACAACUACAACAGCAGCAGCAAACAUAUACAACAUUAAAUAAUAAUAGUAAUAUAUUAUAUAAUAAUAAUUCACCAAAUAUGACAUCAUCUUCGAGUUCAUCGUCACCAGAGUUUACACAGCCACCCACACCACUUGCCUAUAAUGGACUAAAUAGUGGUGGUGGUGGUGUUGGUGGUGUUGGUUCUAAUCCAUAUCAAUUGGGUGACGGUUUCAAUUCUACUGCAAGUUCAACACCCUCUUCGAAUUUGACGACCGACGACAAUUACUUUUUAGAUUUUACAGACAGUGGUUGGUCAACACACGAUAGCGUUGUAGCCAACAAUGUAUUCUCAACACCAGGCGGUAUGCUGACAAACUCUACUAGUGGAAAUCAACCAUUGCUGUCAACACUGAGCAACACCUCACUCUUCACUGACAACACCAACAGUUUCUUGCAACUUCUGAAUGAUCAUACUGGUCGACUAACUAACAACAACAACAACAACACACCAUCUUCACCUUCACUUUCACCACUUGCAGCGACAACUACAACAACUACAACAUCAUCACCUACACCAACAACUACAACAACAACAAACAAUAAUAACUCUUAUUUAAAUGUACAAUCUAAUUUUAUAAAUAACAAUGAUAAUAAUAAUAAUAAUACAACAUCAACGACAACAACUACAACAUCUACCACAAAUAAUAAUACUAUAUUAGCUAAUAGUAGCAAUAAUAAUAAUAGUAUAAUACAAACACAAACUCAACCAAUUCUAUCACAACUUCAACAACAACAACCACAACAACAAGCAUCAAUAUCAUCAUAUACACCAGAUACAUCACCAUCUCUUGAACAAUCAAAGGUUAUAUGUUUGGUGAAUGGGUUCGAUUGUUUUGCAAAGAACUCUAAGCAAUCUUCGAUGUACUUUUCAUUUUGGGCGGUGUUUGAAGGUGGCAUUGAGAUAUUGGCAUUGCCUAUCGCACCUGGAGUGCUCGAGUUCAAUAGUCCCAUCUGGGGUGACGCUGCAAUCACUCAUUUCUAUAUUGUCUGCAAGCAGAAUGGAUCAAAGAACAUUGUACAACAAACAACGGCAGUGCCAUUCUGCUUCACACCGUCCGAUCACCGUGGUAAACUAAAGAUUGCACUCGAUCGUUGUAAAUCAUUCCUUCAGCCAUUUACAAUCAUACCGAAAUUCCGUCAUUUCGUAAAACAUUUAGAUCUUUCAAAUAAUGCAUUGACUAAUAUAGAAUUCUUAAAUGGAUUCUAUAGAUUGGAAUCAUUAAUAUUGAAUAACAAUCAAUUGACAGAACAUACAGUUUUUCCGACACUUCCAGAACUUCAAAAUCUUGACUUGUCCAACAAUUUAAUUAAUUUCCCGAAGGUAUCAUUAUUUACUGAGAGAUUAAUGCAAAGUUCACCUUAUUUAACAUCAUUAAAUUUGAUUGACAAUGAAGAGUAUCCUUGCCCACAUAAAGUACCACAUCAUCAUUAUAACUAUAGAAUUUAUAUCAUAAGUCGAUUCCCUCAACUAACCAAAUUGGACUUACAAGCUGUCUCUAUCGAAGAGAGAAAACAUGCUCACAACGUAGAGGAUGAACAAGAAUAA